GCGUUCGGCAUUGAAGAGUUGGAGAUUUUUCAAAAUGAGAUAUGAAUUAGGAAGACGAUUUUAGAUUUUUUUUACUCCACAGGCUAAGGUUGAGCUAUGAACCAAUCAUCCGUUGCAUCUUCAUAACCGAUUUCAGCCACUGCAACUUCGAAGCUUCACAAUCUUCCUCUUCUUCCUCCUUCAAUUGCUUUGAUUCAUUUCCUGGGUAAUCUCUGUAAUCUUAGAGCUUUCAGCUGUAAUCACUCUUAUUCUAAUACGUGACAAGCGUUCCGGUUUGUCCUCAUAAAAUCGGCAAUUGGCGCGGGAAUGGCUGUUUUUACUCAUGGAUGCUCCAAUUCCAGAAUUUUCUGUGAAAGGGAGGGGACCUUGUUUUUAGGUAUUUCGGCUGCUCCAGUUUUGCCACAGAGGGCGAGAGUUUACGGACAUUUUGCGAGAGAAAGAGGAACUAGUCGACGGUUGUCAAAAAAGGAACAACUUGAUUUCCCAAGGAAAGGAUUCUUUGCCACAAGGAAAGUUGUCCUCACAGUCCCUAGGGACAGUAGCUCUUCAAACACAAGCACCAGCAAGGAAGAUCCUACAAAUCAAUCUGAGCGAACACCUUUUGGUUACACGAGGAAAGAUGUUUUAUUAAUUGGUUUAGGUGUCACAGUUCUUGGAUUUGGAUUGAAAACUGGAUUAGAGUAUGCUGGGUAUGAUCCUAUGCAAGCAGGUAACGUCGUUCAGCUUGUUCUGGUUUUGGGUUUAACUCUAGGAUGGAUUUCCACGUACAUGUUCAGAGUUUCAAGCAAGGAUAUGACAUAUGCUCAACAACUACGUGACUAUGAAGACAAAGUCAUGCAGAAACGCCUUGAAAGCCUUACAGAAGCAGAGCUCAUAGCAUUGCUCGAACAAGUCGAAGAAGAAAAGAGCCAAUCAGCUAGUGGCGAACAGGUUAAUUGAAGUCAUUUCUAUACCUAUUUAUUAGAUGUCUCGGACUAGAAAUUGAGGAGCAGAGCUUUGUGCAUAUGGUAUUCUAAUGGGGCAGUGUAGAAUUAGUUUCUGUUGUUUAAAUAAUGCACAUUUUCGAUAGCUGUAAGAAAAUAUAGAACAUUGUACUCUAUUCUCUCAGGGCAUUGAAUCAGAACUACCUGAUGAUGAAUCUUCUUUCUAUAACAGUUAUAAGGAACUGAAAUUGUAAUAUAGAGAUGUAAAACAUUGAGAAUAAGGAUUAAAUCUUUAGCAUAUGUAAGUUUAAAAGCUUGGGAACUA